CAUUAGGGUAGUCAUUCGCGAAUAUGGCAACUCAUGGGUGGUGUAUCCGGCGGGAUCAACCCCAUCCCCACUACCAGGCAGAAGAUAAUCGCAAUUGAAGUUGUUUGCCAAAGAGGAGCGGCUCCUACAAUGCGCCUUCUGAAGAACUGUGGUCUGGAGAGGUUGCGGAUUAAUCCGAUUAGUUGCUUUACGGUCGUACGCCGGAUUAGAUCGUCCCGCAAGAGGAAGGGCUUCAAGAUGAGUGACGGUAACAGUUCGAAGGUUGGAAAGUUCUACCGAGGGUCGACGGUUUUGAUUACUGGGGCCUCGGGCUUCCUCGGUCAGGUUCUGCUCGAGAAGAUCCUACGGUCGUUGGAUGUCGCGAAGGUGUACGUUAUGAUACGAGCUAAGCGGAACUCCAGUGCUGAUGAACGUCUGCAGAAGAUGCUGGAGGGGGUUCUGUUCGAUCGAGUUUGGCAAGAUCCGUCUAAGUAUAAGGAAUUGAGGGGCAAAGUGAUUCCGGUCGAAGUCGACUUGGAUAGUGAGAGUAACAUGAUUGCGGAAGAAAUGAAAGUGAGACUGGUGGAAGAAGUGGAUGUAGUUUUCAAUCUGUUGGCCUCGAUCAACUUCAAUGAACCGCUGAAUUGUGCGCUGAGAACGAAUGUAGAAUACACCGAUCGUUUGCUGGGACUUGUGAGUCUGAUGAAGCGGCUCAAGGUGGUAGUGCAUGUGUCUACUUUCUUCUCGAACUGUGACAAGAGUAUGAUUGAAGAACGCAUUUAUGACGACAUCGGGUUUGGAGGAUAUGCUAACAUCAUGAACAUUGUGUCCAAUUUGAACGAUACGGAAUUGCAAGCGAUGGAGCCACAUCUGAUAGGUGAUUUCCCGAACACUUAUACCUUCAGCAAGAAGUGUGCCGAGGUGAUGGUGCGGGACAAGUACGGAGAUUUGCCGAUUGGAAUUUUUCGGCCACCGAUUGUAAGCUCAACCUACCAAGAACCCGUCGCCGGAUGGAUCAACAACUUCAAUGGGCCGUCAGGACUAGUGGUUAUGCUAUCGGAAGGUCUCUACAGUGCCGCUUUUGUCGACACCCGGAAGCGCCCGUUCCUGGUACCGGUGGAUUAUUGCGUCAACGCUCUGCUCAUUUGCGCAGUUGACAUUGCGAAACAACGCUCUCUGGCACCGAGUAUUCCUGUGUACAACUACACGAAUCCUGAGGAUAUUUUUACGUGGGAACGGAUCAUUGACCGAUUUUACGAGGGGUUGGAUCCGGCGAAACGGAUGUUGGCCUACCUCGUAACAGCCACAGUUACUCGCAGCCCGGCGCGAUACGCCAUGUGCAAAACCCUGAUGCGCGUGGAAGGAUUCUUUCUCGACUUGGCGCGGCAGUUCCGUGGGCAAGCUCCAGCCAUGUCCCAGGUUUUCGAACGGAUGAUCAACCAAAGUGAGGUGCUGAAGUUUUUCACCUUUCACGAGUGGACCAUGCAGAACGAGAAUAUGCAACGGUUGUGGCGGGACGAAGUGAGCAAGGAGGACAGCGAGCUGUUUCCGUUCGAUUUGACCCGGAUGGAUUGGGAUGAUUACUAUAGGAACUUUAUACCGGGUGUGGUCAAGUAUGCGAUUGCACCUCGGAAGGCGAAGGAUGAGAAGUCGAAACGAGUGGAGGGGAGCGGGGAAGUGCGAAAAUUUUCUCUGUAUAGUAUUUGGAGCUUUCUGUUCCAUAGUUUGUUGAACUUGUUGAAGAACUUUACUGGGCGUUAGUUAUGUGGAGGGUAAAAUAGGUGGAAUGUGAAUAAAUGUGGGCGGAAGUUAA